AUGUUAGGACUGGGACGACCGUCUUUGAGAUCGCGGCCUUCUCUGCUCGACCUCAUCCAUCCCAACAGCUCGAGUGCGUCUGUUGAUGUCUGCGAGGAGCGAAGUCCCAGGCUAAAGCAGCACCAAGAUCCGGUGGCUCCAACUCCACCACGCAUCACCAACAACGUCAACUGCACCAACUCCGACUUCGACGACGACGACGAGGAAGACGACGAAGGAGACGAUAUCUACAGCAUCGACAGCUCGGACAACGAGAGUCUAUCGUCACGGUCUUCUGCACUCUUCGAAACGAGGUCACCGCCCGCGCCUGUCAUGGCAUCCACGGACGCAAAGCCCAAGCCGGAGGCUGGGGACGAGCAGAAGGGUGUCGUCUUCUCGAUCUCCGGACCCGUCAUUGUUGCCGAGAACAUGAUAGGAUGUGCUAUGUACGAGCUGUGCCGAGUUGGAAAGGACCAAAUCGUCGGAGAAGUCAUUCGACUCGAUGGAGAUCAAGCUACUAUCCAGGUCUACGAAGAAACAGCUGGUGUCACUGUCGGUGACCCUGUCUUCGGAACCGGUAAACCCUUGUCCGUCGAGCUGGGGCCUGGGUUGAUGGAAACCAUCUACGACGGAAUUCAGCGUCCUCUCAAGUCCAUCGCCGAGGUCUCAAACAGCAUCUACAUCCCCCGUGGUGUGGCCCUACCUGCCCUCGACCGCAAGAAGAAAUGGGACUUCAAGCCCGCCAGCCUGAAGGUCGGCGACCACAUCACCGGCGGUGAUAUCUGGGGUACCGUGUUUGAGAACAGUCUUCUUCACGACCACAAGAUCCUCCUACCUCCACGUGCCCGAGGAACAAUCACACGUAUGUCCGAGGCCGGCAGCUUCACCGUCGAAGAGAAGCUCUUGGAGGUCGAGUUCAAUGGAAAGCGAACCGAGUACAGCAUGAUGCACGUAUGGCCAGUGCGUGUUCCUCGUCCUGUCAACGAGAAACUGGCCUCCGAUUCUCCCUUCAUUGUCGGCCAGCGAGUCUUGGACUCUCUCUUCCCCAGUGUCCAGGGUGGUACCGUCUGCAUUCCCGGUGCCUUUGGCUGUGGAAAGACCGUCAUCAGUCAGAGUGUUUCCAAAUUCUCCAACAGUGAUAUCAUCGUUUACGUCGGUUGUGGCGAGCGUGGAAACGAGAUGGCUGAAGUCUUGAUGGAUUUCCCAGAGCUUACAAUUAACAUUGAAGGACGCAAAGAGCCAAUUAUGAAGCGUACCUGCCUGAUUGCCAACACCUCCAAUAUGCCAGUCGCUGCCCGUGAGGCAUCUAUCUACACUGGUAUCACCGUUGCGGAAUACUUCAGAGACCAGGGUAAACACGUUGCCAUGAUGGCUGACUCCAGUUCUCGCUGGGCAGAGGCUCUGCGUGAAAUUUCCGGUCGUCUGGGAGAGAUGCCUGCUGAUCAGGGUUUCCCUGCAUACCUCGGUGCCAAGCUUGCUUCCUUCUACGAGCGUGCCGGUCAGACCAUCGCCCUGGGUAGCCCCGAGCGAAAGGGAAGUGUCAGCAUCGUCGGAGCCGUCAGUCCGCCUGGUGGUGAUUUCGCCGAUCCAGUCACCUCGAGUACACUGAACAUCGUGCAGGUCUUCUGGGGUCUCGAUAAGAAGCUCGCUCAAAGAAAACAUUUCCCGUCGAUCAACACUUCCAUAUCCUACAGUAAAUACACAAACAUCCUCGACAAGUACUAUGCCAAAGAACACCCCGAAUUCCCACGACUCCGUGACAAGAUCAAGGAACUGCUCAGUACCUCCGAGGAACUGGAUCAGGUCGUCCAGCUUGUUGGAAAGUCUGCUCUCGGUGACGCAGAUAAGAUCACGCUGGACGUGGCGACCCUGCUCAAGGACGAUUUCUUGCAGCAGAACGGAUACUCCGAUUAUGACCAGUUCUGCCCCCUGUGGAAGACCGAGUACAUGAUGAAGGCUUUCGUAUCUUUCUACGAUGAGAGCCAAAAGGCCAUCGCACAAGGCCAAAGCUGGGCAAAGGUCCGAGAGGCAACCAGCGAAAUCCAGACCGCCCUUCGAAACAUGAAGUUCGAGGUUCCGGAUGAUGAGGAGGAGGUCAGCGCAAAGUAUGAGAAAAUCCUCCAGGAGAUGUCCGAAAAGUUCGCCUCGGUGUCGGAUGAGUAA